GCCCGCUGCGGGCGCCUGCCCCCAGCAUGGCCUGGCAAGGCUGGCCUGCGCCGUGGCUGUGGGUCGCCAGCUGCGGGCUGCUGCUCCUCGUCCUGGUACUGCUCGCGAGCCCCCGCAGCUGCCGAGCGCGGCGGACCCUCCGCGGCCUGUUCAUGGCGCGUAGCAAGCGGCUGCUCUUCCGAAUCGGGUACAGUCUGUACACCCGCACCUGGCUCGGGUACCUCUUCUACCGCCAGCAGCUGCGCAGGGCUCGGAAUCGCUACCCCAAAGGCCACUCCAGAACCCAGCCCCGCCUCUUCAAUGGAGUGAAGGUGCUUCCCAUCCCUGUCCUCUCUGACAACUACAGCUACCUCAUCAUCGACACCCAGGCCCGGCUGGCUGUGGCUGUGGACCCUUCAGACCCUCAGGCUGUACAGGCUUCCAUUGAAAAGGAAGGCGUUACCUUGGUUGCCAUUCUCUGUACCCACAAGCACUGGGACCACAGUGGAGGGAACCGUGACCUCAGCCGGCGGCACCAGGACUGUCGAGUGUAUGGGAGCCCUCAGGAUGGCAUCCCCUACCUCACCCAUCCCCUGUGUCAUCAAGAUGUGGUUAGCGUGGGACGGCUUCAGAUCCAGGCUCUAGCCACCCCUGGCCACACACAAGGCCAUCUGGUCUACCUGCUGGAUGGGGAGCCCUAUGAGGGUCCCUCCUGCCUCUUCUCAGGGGACCUGCUCUUCCUCUCUGGCUGUGGACGGACCUUUGAGGGCACCGCAGAGACCAUGCUGAGCUCACUGGACACCGUGCUGGGGCUGGGGGACGACACUCUGCUGUGGCCUGGUCAUGAGUACGCAGAGGAGAACCUGGGCUUUGCAGGCGUGGUGGAGCCUGAAAACCUGGCCCGGGAGAGGAAGAUGCAGUGGGUGCAGAGGCAGCGGAUGGAACGCAAGAGCACGUGCCCAUCCACCCUAGGGGAGGAGCGUGCCUAUAACCCGUUCCUGAGGACCCACUGCCUGGUGCUGCAGGAGGCUCUGGGGCCAAGCCCAGGCCCCACAGGGGACGAUGGCUGCUCCCGGGCCCAGCUCCUGGAGAAGCUCCGCCAGCUGAAGGACCUCCACAAAAGCAAGUGACCCCAGCCCAGCCCAGCCCGCCCCCCAUGGUGGGGAGGCCACCCAUCACCACACCACACCAUCCCUCUCAUUGCUGCCAGCACCACCUCCAUCGGCCCAUCAGUGGGCACCACCCCCCAGCACUGGUCGGGGCAGAGGAGGGAUGAGGCGAUGAGACCCUGAGGCCGAGAGGAAGGGGGCUGAUCGAAGCCUUGGAGACUCUGUCGGGGGAGGCUGAGACAUCAAGGGCAGAGCUAAUUAGGAGGCUCCCCUCCUCACCUCCCUUUUCCCUGAGAUGGCAGUGAGGUCGUGGAGACCUCACUCACUGUGGCCCCUGGAAUCAGGCCGCAGGAGCCAUGAAUAGGUUGAAUCCAUCUUCCCCUUCCUCCCAUCCAGAAUGGGAAAGAAAGUCGCUCCCCCAAAGUCACCUGAGGUGUGAUGCCUUGGAGAAACUGUCACUCAGAGGGGCACCUGGGCUCUAGUUUCCCAAGACACUGCCCCUCCUCCCCCAGCCUCCCUGCCCAGUCCCAACCUGUCCCCCAUGAAGGCGUUUUUCAAACAGAGCCAUUUCUAAGCAAGAAGAAAGGGCUGGAAGCCUGGCUGUGGACAAUCUCUGCCUCGGUGACUCCCCUACAGCCUGGAAGGGACAGGGUCCUGGUUGCCAAGGAAACUUAACCUCAGGCUGAGGAGGCGCCAGGAGGCUGGGAUUGCAGCCCCCAGUCUUGCAGGUCACACACUCGGCACAGCUGGCCUGGCCCCGCCCAGUGGCCUCUACCCCUGCCCUGGGCCAGCAGGGUUGUUCCUUCCCAGGGGACAGACAGCUAUUGUCUGCCACGGCUGCCAUGGUUUUCUCAUUACGGUCCUUAUUCUUAGGAACUUCUGCUUUAUCCUCAACCCUUUCUGCUUUUAGUUAGUUAAGACAUUCAUCUGGCCCUCUGCAGUUUGCCAAGGACAUUCCCAUGUCAUUUCUCGUUUGGCCCCUGGCCCCAUCCUGGCGGGGGAAGGGGGUCUGCACAGCAGAGAGAUGAAAUCAAAAGCUGGACAGCUCUCAAGUCAGUGGCAGCUUCCAGGACCCUAGGCCUGGGCCCUUCCCCUCUGCUCAGCCCUCCUUCAACUCAGCCCUUCUGGCCUUGGGUCUACGUCCCUUUGGGGCCACAGUGAGGACCCUGAUGGUCCUCGAGCAAGCAUACCUUGGCUCAACCAGUAGCCUUCUCUUCCUGGGUCAAAGCCUUCCCUCAGACUCUGCUUACCUCUGGGGAGCCUCUGAGAUGCCCCCUGCCCUCAGUUUCCCCUCAUCAUCCUGCUGCUGCCUCCCUCUCCAGCCACAGCCUUUGGUACCAACUCUAGCAAUACCCCCAGGAUAGUUCCCCACCCCUCAAGACAUGCAGUUUCAUGCCUCUGUGCCUUCGCUCAUGCUGUUUCUUCAGACUGGAAUGCCUUUCCCCCCGCUCCUCCUGCCUUGUCUGCCUGGCAAACACCUAUUCAUCUCUCACAAUCCCCUACAAAGGCCCUCUCCUCCCGGAAGACCACCCCCAUACCCCUCCCCACCUCCAGGCUACCUCUGCUCUUUGUAAAUGCUUCUCUUGUGGCACUUAUCACACUGUAAUUUACUUGUUUACACGUUUGUCUCCCCUUCUAGACUGUGAACCCUUCAGGGCAUGGACUGUAUCUUAUGCAUCGCUGUAUUUCUGCGCCUAGCACGGUGCCUGGCACACAGUAGGCGCUCAAUAAAUGUUGAAUGAAAGAAUGAUUUAACCAAA